AAUAAAGAUUUUAUAACAAUAUCGAUGGAAGACGAAAAUCAAAAUCUGGGUAUUCAUGAAUGUUCCUGGGAGGAAAUGAAUGGGCAGUGGGUAGUGAAGGUGUGUCCACGCAGCGUGAGUGUGGUUGCCCACAGUGGUGUGCUGCAGUCCUCUCCCCGCCACUGUGGAGUAAACUGUUCGGACAUUAGCGGCGCCGACCGCCGAGCUGGAGCGGAUUAACGCGGCCGAGGAGAGCCUUUCCACCGCCGACCGCACAACCCGGAGGACCGCCGCGGCGACGCAGCAAAAGCCAAAAAAGCGGCGCGGAAACUCGGCUGGACCGCACAUCGUGACUGGAUCGCACAGAGGACAAACUCGGCGGGAAUGGCUUCAUCUCCGUGCAGCAACACUAACUUUGAUUCCGGCCUGGAAAUCAAAACUCGCUCGGUGGAGCAGACUCUUAUCCCGUUAGUAACGCAGAUUACCACUUUAAUAAACCACAAAGACAAGCCAAAGAAGUCAGAGCGCACCUUGACAGCCAUUCACAGGGUAGGUCAAGCUGUGAAUGUGGCAGUUGGACGCUUUGUAGCUGUCGGGGAAGCCAUCGCUUCAGAGAAUCAAGAGCUGAAGGAUGAGAUGGGUCAAGCCUGCUUUGAGGCACGAAGGGCAGGGGAUGCUAUAGCUCAGCUCACAGAUGUGGGAUCAGACACUCCAGCGCCCUCAGAUGACCGCGUCACAGUGUUCAGUGACAGGACAGCAAUGGUGAAGGCUGCACGCAUGCUGCUUUCGUCUGUCACCAAAGUCCUAGUCCUCGCCGACCGCAUCGUAAUCAAACAGAUCAUCACCUCACGCAACAAGGUUCUGGUAACCCUCGACCAUCUGGAAAGAGUGAGCACCUUCCAGGAGUUUGUACAGAUUUUCAGCCAGUUUGGCAAUGAGAUGGUUGAGUUUGCGCACCUAACAGGAGACAGGCAGAACGAUUUGAAGGAUGAGAAGAAGAAAGCCAGAAUGGCAGCAGCCAGGGCUGUGCUGGAGAAAUGUACCAUGAUGCUCCUCACAGCCUCCAAGACUUGCCUGAGGCAUCCGGAUUGCGAGUCGGCGAGGAUCAACAAAGACGCCGUGUUCCACCGAAUGCGCUGCGCCCUGGAGCAGGUCAUCGAAAUAGUUACUGAGGCGCGGAGCAGCGGGGAGAACAAGAUCCUCUCUGCCAGCAUCUGCAACGGCAUCAGAGAUUUCAAGUACACUGUGGAGUCGCUGCGGGAGGAUUUGUUCUCUUUGACACCGCAGAGCUUGACCGGCCAGCUGGAGGCACUGGUGGAGCGGACGGAGGACUUCACGGAUUCGGCCUACACCGGCCACGAGCAGCGACAGAGAAUUCUGAGUCUGUGUCAGCUGACACGCCAGGACACCCAGCAGCUGGUGCACACCUGGGUUGGGGUGCAGCAGUCUGGCAGUUCCAAAGAGGCCACAGAGAACUUGGAGGUGGCCAUACUGAAGACAUGUCACAGCAUGGGAGACCUGAGGCGGGAACUGCAUAACGUGGCAGUGGGCCGGGCCUCGGAUUUGUUGAAGGUUCAUGGAGAGCAGCUGCCUCUAAGGGCUCUCAAAGCUGCGGGUGCUGAGGGAAACCUGGAGGCAGUAGCCGAUUAUUCGCGCAAGCUCACCGAGCAAAAGGAGCAGCUGGUGGAGACAUGCCGACUGUUAUGCCAUGUAUCGUGUACAGAACCACUGGAGAUUACCUGCAUUCAUGCAGAAGAGACCUUCCAUGUUAUCGGCCCACAGAUCAUCUCCGCUGCGCAGACUCUGGCCCUCCAUCCUUCCAGUAAAAUUGCCAGAGAGAACCUGGACGUUUUCUGUGAGGCGUGGGAGUCUCAGCUCUGUGACAUGGGCCUGCUGCUGAAAGAGAUCAAUGAUGUUUUUGAAGGACGGCGAGGGGAUAGAAAACCAUACUUAUCACUUCCAAGACCCGGGAAGCAUUCUGCUAGCCUGAAAAGUGCUAAAGCUGUCAAGUUGGAUGCAGAGGAGCAGACAAGUAUGGCCAAGUUGGGUCUUGAACUGCGGUUGCUUUCAUCGGAUGUUGACGCUGAGUUAGAAAAAUGGGACGAAGAGGAGCACGACAUCAUCCGACAGAGCCAGAGCCUGGCCAGCAUAGCCUACAGCAUGUACCUGUUCACCAGAGGAGAAGGCGUUCUGAAGACCACGCUGGAUCUUUUUCAUCAAGCAGAGGUUCUGUCUGAAGAGGGACUGCAGCUGUGCUCGUCUCUACAAACAUUUUCUACUCGGCUGGUUGAUGAGGAGAAGGCUGUGGUGUUGACAGAAAAUGAGAAGCUGGUGGCCCUGUGCCAGCAGCUGCAGAUGGGGGCCAAGACCCCUGUUCAGGGCAAGACUGCCCCCUUCCAGAAGGUGGACUCCACCAUUCAAGCAAGCAGAAGUCUAAUGACAGUGGUCGCCUCCCUCCUUCCACUCUGUAACAAGCUCAUCAAAAAGCAUAAAUCAGAGCGUACAAGCCUCAGUUCCCCUCAGGACUGGAGGGAGACGCAGCACACGUCCGCUCCAGUUAAAAAAGACGCGGCCCUGAAUGGCAAUAACAGCAACGGCUUUGGAGUCAAGUCCUUGGACGAGCACAUGGCCAGCCUCAACCUACUGGAGAGCAAAUAAUUCAGGAGAUGAUCUCCAUGUUAUCUUGUUCUCCGCAUCAGCAAAGCAACCUCACUUCUGUGGAGCACUCCUGAUCCAAGAAAGAGUCACUAGAAAAGUGGCUAGAAGCUGUAAAAACAGACUUUGUUGGGCAGAAUUUGCCUUAGGUGGAAUAAUUCUGCAGUUAAAAACAUAAAAGCCCAAUCUGGAGGUAGUCAUGCACUGUUAAUCUGAAACAGUUCCAUCCCAGUCCACUAGAGGACGACAAUCAAAACUACCGGUAGUAUUGCGUUUCCAAGAAAAGUGAGGUCAUCUUAAAUCUAAUUUUGGAGUAACCGUCAUUAGUUGAGCUAAUAAAAUGAUCAGAAGUCAGGAAAUAAAAGCCCCCCUUCAGCCAUACAUCUGUCUUCACCAUGUGCCUCAGUGUAACAGACCUGUGUGCUUUGUGCUGUAUUGUUAAUGUAUUGGACAAGUUACAUAAGGACAAAAAAACACACAAGCUACAUGAUGCAGUCAUCACUACAACCUUUGUGCAAUCUCAGCCUGGUAACAUGAACCUUUUAACUAAAUGUUUUAUAGUGGCCAUACGAGUAUUUUACAAGUUCAACUUCAUUUGUCAUCAUUUCACGUGUGAUAAGUUCAUUUAGCGAAAGAAAAUCUGUUCAAUGCCAAAUAUUCUGACUACUGCAAACUAAUCAGAAGUGACAGCGGAGACUUUUUUUUUUUACCUUAUUUAGGAACGAAAAGGUUAAGUAAAGCUUUUUAACCCUUGUGCUAUCUUAGAUGACCCCACCCUUACAUUGACGUCUUCUCCCUACCAUGACUAAGGUGGAUAAAGGUGGAAAGAUUUCAUGUAAUCCAUGGACACCAGUGAAGAUCACAAAUCAUUGAAGAAAAAAGGUUCAGAGCACUGUCUAGUGGGUCUAGAUGACCCAACUCCCAAUGGUAAAGUGCCUAGGAUAGCACAAGGGAUAACGAGAAAUUAUAUCAGAUGCUACCGUCUUAAAUAUUACAGAAAUUAUUCAGAAGUGCCACGCAUUUGUGGAUACUGGGAAGCAUCUGAACCACUGACUGUAAAUGAGGACUGGACUGAGUAACCCCUCCCCCUGGCGUCCCAAACAGGAAGUAUCCACUGGUUCCAAGAAACCAAAAUCUCAUAGACCUUUUAUAAAGCACUAGUUAGCAUUUUUGUUAGUCAGAAUAAUCUUUCUUACCCUGAUACCUUAUUUUUACAUAAUCUUGAUAAUUUUAUAUGUUUUUUUCUUUUUUGCAAGUUAUUCAACGUAUAAACUGACCAGACACCUCAAUAACAGGUAACCCCCCCACAUGGAACAUUUAACAGAUUACCCCCGCUUUAGGUGGUAUAAUAAGCUCACUCCUGAUUGGUUAGAGGGGUUGCCAUAGAAACAAUGACUCAGAUCGACUUGGACCAAUCACUUGCUUACUGACAAUUUCAGGCUCCAACAGGCAAAAAAAUGACUGAAUCGACUUCGUUGGAGCCAGAAGUCCUUUGCUAUGGGUGACAUCACACUCAGUCCAGCUCUCAUAUAUAGUCAAAGAUCUGAACUCAACUGCAUGUAUUAAUAUGAUAUAUUUCUAAGUAUUUAUGGUACUUGAAGCCUAUUCAGUGAUGGUUUUGCUAUUUCUAGAGGCAGUCUGAUGAUGAUUUAACUGUGUGAGAGCAGUUAAAGAUGUGAAAAAAAUCAUAUCUAGUUUUGGAUCACCUCUUCUUUUGACAGCUGAAACGUGAAGAAAAGAAGAAAUAAACAAUAUUUUUUUUAAUUAAAAAAAA